AAGAAAGGAUCCGAAUGGUGCAGCCCAACCCCCUCACUCCAACUGUCACUGUGAGUGAUCCACUAAACCAGGGAAGUUCUUCUGGAUCUACAGGUGGAAGUGCAGCUACCUCCAAGCCGAGCCAUGAAACCGCCAAUGCCGGAGCGGACGCCGCUGUUUAAGGCGGAGCCCAAUGGGUCGGUGUACAGAAUUCCUUCGCUUAUCUACAUAAAAGAGGAGAUAAACAUGUUUCUGGCCUUCGCAGAGAAACGCAAGGACGCAAAUGAUGUCAGCGCUGAAUACCUGGCCAUGAAGAGAGGGGUCUACAAGACUGGAUAUGUCAAGUGGGAAGGUGUACAAAUCUUACAUGAGGCGGCCAUGAAGCAUCAUCGCACCGUGAACCCCUGCCCGGUGUAUGAAGACAAAAACAAAGUGUUAUUCUUGUUCUUUAACUGCAUCCCAGAAGGGGUUACAGAGCAGCACAUGAGAAAGUGGGGGAAUUCCUCCAAGCUGUGCUAUGUCACAAGCAAGGAUUAUGGGAAAACAUGGAGCUCUUUGACAGAUAUCACAGAUGUCACAAGCGGAAUCAGAAAUCUGGCCACUGUUUUUGUGGCGCCGGGACAUGGGAUCCAGACGGAGUCCGGGAAACUCAUUAUUCCUGCCUAUGUAUAUGUGGCCAAGUUCUGGUUUAUACAUUGGUGGCGUACAUCGGCCCAUUCAUUUUACCUCUACAGUGAAGACCAGGGCAACAGGUGGCGCGUAUCUGAGCGUAUCGGCCAGUGUGAGAGUGGCGAAUGUGAGUUGGCCGAAAUAACCAGCAACGACGGCAACAAGAUGCUUUAUUGUAACGCCCGAGCCACAGGCAAGAAAAGGAUAGAAGCGCUAAUUCUUAAUGUCGACGGGGAAUUUAAAUUUGUUGAAAAGAGUCGGAAACUCAUAGAGACGAACGAUGGAUGUUCAGGAAGCGUCGUGAGUUUUCUCGGGGGAGAGGUGCCAGGACAGGAGAGAACCCACUGGGUGCUCUUCUCACAUCCAUCAAAGAAAGAACGGAGAGGCCUUGGCAUAUACCUGAACAAAACCCCAAUGGUUUCAGCCUCAUGGUCCAAACCCUGGAUUAUUUCUGAAGGCCCGAGCGCUUACUCUGAUCUCGCCGACUGCCAAGAUGCCAAUACCUUCGCUGUCUUGUUUGAGAGCGGCGAGAAAACUCCCUACGAGGAAAUCAACUUCUGCCUGUUCACUUUAGAAGAUGUGCUGGAAAAUAUCAAGAAAAAGAAAAGCUUGUUUGCCAGACUCAUGAAGUAAAUUACUGGAUUUCAUUCUCACUAUUCGACUUGCAUGGAAAACUCAUUCUGGAUUUCUAAUUGCCCUUCUCAGAUCUACACUGUGCGAGUAUUUACCUGUACUGUUCUGUGGUGCAGAGAUCUCUGUAUGGAUUAAAUGCAUUCUGGAUUCACCUC